AUGGCCGCCAAAAUGCGGACGUUGCACUCAAUUGGCCAGCAGCGCGGACGAGCCAUCUAGCCUUUAUAUUCACCUUAUUCCGCCACGCCCCUUUUUAAUUCUUCGCUCUUCCGCAUUUUGUCAACCGACUUCCGCUGCUAAUAUGGCACAGUGCAUUCGGUGGUUAGUUUGGGGGUUAGAAGAUUGUUUGUAGUUCACUAUAACUUUAGCCAAAUGACAAAUAUCGCCCAGAUAGCACACGUACGUCACGGAGAUGUCUGCGCGAUGUCUUGUUUUUCGUCUGGAAGACGUAUUAUUUAGGGCGUUUGCUCAUCUGGAAGGCGUCGCCGAGACGUCCGACCCAGCUGUUUGCCAGACACCCAGCAGAUCUUUACAAGAUGUAUGUUAUUUAGAACGAUGGCGAGCCGCCGUUUCCCAGAUCUUUACAAGAUGUUAGAACGGCAAGCCGCUCUUUCACAGAUCUUUAGAAGAGCUUUAAAAGAUGCGCAGCCGCUCUUUCCCAGAUCUUAAGAAGAGCUUUAAAAGAUGCGGAGCCGCUCUUUCCCAGAUCUUUAGAAGAGCUACGAAAGACGGUAAGCCGCUCUUUCCCAGAUGUUUGUAGAUUACAAGAUCCCUCAUGUGGAAUUUGAUGUUGUUCAAAUGUAUUCUACUAAUCAUAUUAUUAUAAUUCAGCUUAUGUGUGCCUUUACAAAAUUGAUUCCUGUGCUGAAAAUAUGAGGGCUGUCUGUGUGUGUGUAAAGGCUGCAAGGUCGUGGUUUCGGUUGAACCAAGGACCGACCUUGCAGCUGCUGGUGAUAGCCAAAAUAAGAACAACGCUGGAAGGAGAAAACACACAGACAAAAGAAAUACAUGCUUUUGAUAUUAAUUCACUAAUAAUCAUUCAUUUCCAGAUUAUUACAUAUAGAAGUGUUUGGAUUUAUAAAAUUAAAUGUUGUCAUGAAUAUUAAUGUAUUAAAAUAUAUAAAUGAUUAUGCCUUUGUGCCCAUGAAUAAUGUAGAAGAUUGCCCUGUAAUAAGACAUCGCCAUAUAAGGAUGAAAUGCUCUAGGGCACAAGGUGUUCUGUAUGUUUGUGUGUUAUAUACCCCCACAGGCCGAAGCAGGGUGUAGUAAUGGAGUCAGAUAAUGAGAUGAGAACCGCCUGUUAUGGGGAGGAGAGAUUUGAAGAAAGAACGACGUCACAUAUCAUAUAAAUAUUCAUGUAUUUCCAUAAGCUGGGGUUGGUUGCUUGCCACAUGGGGCCUUGAAACAACCCAGCGCUGUAAAACUUUUUCAUAUCUGAUCAAUAAAUAGCUUAUUUUUUAAGACCGUGUCUUUCCUCUAAUUAUGAACAUGCAAUGGACCCUUAAAGUCCAACAAUUGGUGACCCCGACGUUCUUUGGAGGGAAAGGAGAGAGUGAGAGGAAGGACGGUUUCACAUUGAAGAAACCAGAGUAAGGGAGGGCUCCAUUUCAACACAAAAAGAGCGCUCUACUAAAAUAAGGUAAGCAGAAACCUGUUUUAUCAAAUUCUGCUAUUGGAUAUAAACCAAAUUGAUUGUGUUGACGUGGAGAUCCAAACUGAACUUAAAUAAUUGAAUAAAAGAUCAGAGUGAAAAACUUUAAAUUUUUUAAAUCAGUGGGAGAAUAUUUUUGGGUUUUUUAUAAGAGAAUGAUAAUGGUAAAAUUGGGUUGGAGUCCCUUACUGUAUUAGACAGUAUAAAGUACCAACCAGGUUGAAUGGUCCUUUGGGUGAAAGGUCCCAUAAAGGUAAAUUUGGGUUGGAGUCCCUUACUGUACUAGACAGUAUAAAGUACCAACUAGGUUGAAUGGUCCUUUAGGUGAAAGGUCCCAUAAAGGUAAAUUUGGGUUGGAGUCCCGUAGUAUUUUAGAUACUACUAAGUACCAGUUGAAUUGUGUGAACCGGUUUUUAAAACUUUUAUUGAUGUAAUAUAUCUUAGGCUUGUGAAUAUUCUUUACGUAAUUGUGUUGAUUAUAACAUUGUUGGUUUUAUUGAUCUGUGAAUAUUUUACAAAAUGGCAGAGUUUCAAAAGAAAUGUGAUGAGUACGAUUGUCCACCAGUGUACAUACAAUGGCAAAAAAUGGUAAAACUGCUGAUGGCCCAAACUGAUCCGAAAGAUGUUAAAAAAAGACAAAAGGAAAUUGAAUUGGGGUGGAAAAUAUUAAGAGAAGAGAACUGUUGGGAGGCUGAGGAGAGAAAGAAGGUUCCUCUUGCACCUAUUGUUUUUGCUAUGGAACACAGAGUAGUACAUAAAAUUGAGACUGUACAGAAAGAAGGGAAAAAAUGGUUUGGUAAAGGAAAAAGUGUGACAGGCCUAGAGAAAGAGUUACGAUUGUGGACUAAGUUGGCUGUGGUAGCUGCCGCUAUGCAGGCUAUAAAAUCAAAGAAAAAAGGGGAAGUUGACAGUGGUGCAGCUGCAAAGCAAGAGGAAGCUGAAACCGGAAACAGUCAGCCAGAUUCAGGUGUGACGCAUACGGCUCCUCCUUCAGCCCCACCCCUAGUGAAAUCGAUCUACCCCUCUUUGCACACACCUCCGCUGUAUGAGGCAGCCAAGGCCCCGAUGCAACAGCCUGUGUUUCAAAUUAAUAGCGGUCAGGUAGAUGUAGAGGACAGUGAUGAACUAAAAGAAAUAAAACAUGAGCUGUACAAAUUAAGACAAACUGUCAUUAAACAGGGAGAGUUUAUGUCUUCUCCCAGGAGGUCUAGGGUUGUUGAAAAACCCAUUGAUUUCUUGCAGCCAUAUACACUAAAGACACCAGUGAUACACCCACCCAGCGGUAGUGGUGUACAUGUUACACAUGAAGCAUGUGGGGGCUUUGAGGGUGAUCCUAUAGUUAGUCCCAACAUAGACAAUGAGGAAGAGGAAGGCGUUGAUGACCGCUCUGAAGCCAGUGAACAGAAGGAACGCGGUGCACACUACAAAGCACCAAGUGGUCGUAGUAAUGGUUCAGAACCAUCGGUACCCUUAAGAGAUAGCAAAGAACAAAGAAGGGUGACAGGUAUGCAGAGGGAAUUGAAACAGUUAAGAAGUAUGGUAUUAGAGCAGGAUCGUGAAAAGCAUCACCUAAUACAUUCAAAGGAACCCUUAAAGGUUACCAUGCAAGGUGAGAUGUUUCUUGAAAGGUCAGGCACCAGGUCUGGUAUAAACUACCACCCAACCAGUGAACACCCACCACAGACUAAAGUGAAUGCAGAGAGAUCAGACAUAGACAAUGAACGAGAACAUCAAUUUAAUCAGUGGAUAACAUCCCACCAAAUAGCAAACAAGCCACCACAAGUACAGCCGAACGUAGUCCCCACACCCACCGCACAGCUUUUUGGAGAUAGGGAACAAAAGGAGGUAGAUGGUACACAAUAUCCCAUAGUGUUGCACAAAGGAACUAAAAAAUAUCAACCAUGGACACAUAGUGAUCUCACUGCUAUAAUGAGUAAACUCCCACCCAUCACUAGUGGAGGGGGCAGAUGGUUAAAUAAACUAACCACUUUAUGUCAUGGCACAGUACUGGCUCUGGGUGACAUCAGGUGUCUUUUGGGUCAAAUUUUAACCAAUGCACAAGUAAAAGAUUUUGAACAAAACGCUGACAUAACAACAUAUGACAAUGACACGGCAUACAACACAGUGAGUACCGCAAUAGGUAAAGCUUUGAGGGCGCAGUUUCCUACUCCACCAACAGUAUAUCAAAACAUUAAGUUUAAAAUCAAACCAGAUGAGACAGGGGCAGCUUACUACUUUAGGUGUGCUGCAGAAUGGGAACAGCUAGUUGAGGAAAACAGUAUAAACAAUCCAGUUACCCGUGAUGUUUUUAGAUCAGCAGUAAUGGCAGGUGCCCCACCGGGUGUAAAACAAAUCAUGGAAAAUAAUCCAGAUAUCCCCAUAGCCAACAAUGACACAUGGGAAAGACACCUAGUAUACCAUACAGACAGGGCCAUAGACAAAACAAAUAAAGACCUUGCAGAAGUAGAUAAGCUUAAGAAUGAGCUGUUAAAGCUACAGCUAGAACAGGCCAAGCAAGCUAACACAAAAAAGAAACAAAUGCCACAGCAGGCCCAACCAAUCACCACCACAGCUACACCGCAUGCCCCACAGCCUAAUCAAUAUCCCAAUCCAUACCCUUAUGGCCCACAAGACCCGUAUACAGGACCACCAUAUAUGGGAAACCCAUGGGGAGGUUAUCAGCAAAACAGAGGAGGCCCUAGGGGAAGGGGUGGACCCAAUAGGGGUGGUUAUGGUGCUUUUGGUAGGAAUGCAUGUUAUGUGUGUGGACAGGAAGGACACUGGGGACGAAAUUGUCCUAACAUUUGGUCACAGCCUCAAAAUUCAGGUGCUAGCCCACUUAACGGACCACCUGCGGGGGGAUGGGGUCCCCGAGGAGGUGGGGCCGGGCAUGGAGCCGGUGACUAUGGCAGGGGGUCACCGACACAGCACAACCUACCACAACCAAAUUUAAUGGCGCCUAUGCACCCAACAUGGGGCCAAUGGGGUGGUGCGGAUGAAUGAAGGGGCACACAGGAACCCACCAUGAGAGGAAUGGCUGGGCCUCUCAUGGAAAUAGUGGUGAACCACACCACUAAGAGCCCUAGUGGAUAAUGAGCCUAAAUAGUCCACCGUAACAAAACAAAAAAAAAGAAAAUUUUAACAACGGUGGGGAUAAUGGGUUUCUGGUAGAAUUGAAAAGUGACUAUUAACAAAUCAAUUACCCAAUAAGGUAGCAAACCAGUCUAGUUCGCACGCAUUUCUGUAUUCCUCCAACACACUAGUUAAUAAUAGAUAGGGACCUAGAAAUUACUAUGACCUGUCAAUAUUGUAAUGUGCCCCCGGACGGACAGGGAACAAAUGAAUGGCUAAUUAAACCAUGGAGAGACAGAGCCUUAUGUCUGGCCCAGGACCAGAGAAAGACAUGCUGUCAUUUUUGGGCCUUAUAAACUUCAGCAAACAAUAGAUAACAAGGUAUGCACCAAUAUACAAAACGGUGUCAGAGAGAAAGUCUACCAAAAUCCUGGCCAGUCAAACCUAAAAUUAUGUCCAUGAGGGUGUAAACAUGACUGAUCUAAUCACUGAGGGUGAGCCAUAUAACUGCAUACCAUUGACUAAAAAAAAAAAAAAAAAAAAAAAAAAAGCAAACAAAUUGAGAGAUGGUUUGUUUGCGGUACCACUGACAACUACCCCACCGGUAAUCACACUGUUUACAGAUGGUUGUUGUUUCAGAGCAUCAGAUGGUACGCUGAAGGCAGGGUUUGAUGUGGUUGAACAGGUUGAGGGUGAUUUUGAGACUAGAGUGAGUGGUAAAUUGGAGGGUAAGCAGUCAGCACAGACAGCUGAAAUGAUAGCUGUUAUCAAAACCUUGCACUACACUGGUGAAGAGAGGGUGAUUUUUUAUAGUGACUCUGCAUAUGUGAUUGGUACAGUAUAUAUGGAACUGCCAUAUGGCAGAUAGGUGGGUUUGAAACCAGGAAAGGCCGGCCUAUAAUAAAUAAAUGCUACCUGACAUAUAAUAAAGGCUGUGAAGGUACCUAAUGAAGUGGUUGUUGUCAACUGCCUAAUAAGCCACUUAUAUCCCCAACCAUGGUUUCCCAAGACAAAGUUAGAUCUGACAAACUGACAAACACGCACUGGAAUUGACAUAUAGUUUCGGGGCUGCUUAUCACCCCAAUGCCAGAGCAAAGCUGAAAUAAUGAACCUGACUAUGACAUUAAAACUUGACUUGACAAAAUCUGUGCACAGACAAAAAUAACAUGACUUGAGGUAUUACCUAUUGCAUUAAUGUCUAUUCGCUCUUCUGUUAACAGGAUUUCUGGUUUCACAUCCUUUGAAUUGCUUACAGGUCGACAGUUUCCAGGCCCACGGAACGCCUUGGUGUAGGAUCCAAUCCUGCCACUAACUAAUGAUGUUUAUUUUUACAAACUAACUGCUCUGAUUAAACAUUUUUCCUGCCAGGCUACCACACAACGAAAUUGGGACAACGACCAAGCUGUUACAAAUGAUGAUUGAGUGAAGGUGAAGGUGUUCAGACGGUGCUGGGCCGAACGGAGACGGUCCAGGCUACCGAGAAGUAAAAGCAGAAACCUAACAUUGUGUCCAGCCACAGGUCAAAGGCGACACAUGGUUCCAUCUCUUUUUGUGUUCCAUGUGAUUCUCCCAGCAGGUCUCUCACAGAAACAGGUGUGGACCUGAGGACUCAGGUCCAAGAGAGGGAGAGUGUUGAAAGUGAAAGUGAAUCACAGGAAGUGAAACAUCAGGGGUAACACUCGCACAACACCAACAAUAAAGUCAACAAACACUCUGUAAAAUUGUGCAUAAAAAAGGUGAAAUUUUUUCCAGCCCAGCAACAGAACCACAAAAGGUUGUAAGACAGAACAAACACACAGGUGAAUGUGCAGUUACCCAUGAGGACGACGGCAGAUUGAUUUUUCAUUUAACAAAACAAAAUUGUACUGAUUUACCAACAUAUGAGAAUUUUACCCACAGCCUCAGAUGUAUGAGAGAGUGGUGUGAGAAAGAAAACAUAACAAGUGUAUCCACUCCACGGCUGGGGUGUGGCCUGGAUAAAGUGGAUUUCCACAAAGUCAAAGUGCUGGAAAUCCUGACAGAAGUGUUCAGGGACCUGAACAUCACAAUUACUGUUUAUUCAUUAUAACCUGGGUAGCUACAUAUCAUAUUGACCUUUGAAUUUCUUAAGUUUCUUAUAUAAUCUUACAUUUCAAUGUUUCCUUUUGAAUUUAAUUUCUAAGUUUCUUAUAAAAUUUUACAGUAUUAAUUUUACAUUUUAAUUUGUUUUCCUUUUUGAACUUACGAUUGAUAUUUGAGUAUUAGCCAAUAGGCAUAAGUGUAUUUUUUCCACAGAGAUGAAGCUAUAUGGAGAUUGCAAGGUUCUGUGGGCCCUAGGGGUUAUAGCUGCAAUUAUAAUCACCAUAAUAUUUAGCAUAAACAAUGGAAAUAAUCUGAAAAUUGACAACAGGUCCAAAACAACACCACAAGAUCAGUGCUUAAAGAGAUAUGGGGGAAUCGAAUUCAAUUACACAAAAAAUUCAACGACGUUAUGAACCUUUGAUUUAUGCAGUGUGAUAGACUGUGGAGGGCAAUAGUAACCUCUAUAGUAGUGUCCAUUGGAGUAUUUGUGGCCAUACUGGUCACUUGUGGAUGUUGUUGUGUCCCUUGCCUCAGGUCUCUGUGUAACAGAUUGAUAAUAUCUGCAAUAGAAAAGAAAGAUGAUGCACCCCCGCCAUAUAGUAUGCCCCUAUUAGGCCUACAGAACCUGGAUGAGGAGGACGAAGAGAAUGUGUGACCUCUUUCAGAGGUCAAGAGAGGGAAUUGUGGAAUUUGAUGUUGUUCAAAUGUAUUCUACUAAUCAUAUUAUUAUAAUUCAGCUUAUGUGUGCCUUUACAAAAUUGAUUCCUGUGCUGAAAAUAUGAGGGCUGUCUGUGUGUGUGUAAAGGCUGCAAGGUCGUGGUUUCGGUUGAACCAAGGACCGACCUUGCAGCUGCUGGUGAUAGCCAAAAUAAGAACAACGCUGGAAGGAGAAAACACACAGACAAAAGAAAUACAUGCUUUUGAUAUUAAUUCACUAAUAAUCAUUCAUUUCCAGAUUAUUACAUAUAGAAGUGUUUGGAUUUAUAAAAUUAAAUGUUGUCAUGAAUAUUAAUGUAUUAAAAUAUAUAAAUGAUUAUGCCUUUGUGCCCAUGAAUAAUGUAGAAGAUUGCCCUGUAAUAAGACAUCGCCAUAUAAGGAUGAAAUGCUCUAGGGCAGGGGUCCCCAACCUUUUUUACACUGCGGACCGGUUCCAGCUUUAAAAAACAUCCGCGGACCGGGGGGUGAGGUUGAGGGGGGGGGGUGUUGGUCGCCGAGUUGCUGUUCAAACAAAGUGCUGAAAAUUCUCUUUUUGAAAUGUAAAACGUUUUAAACGGAAUAAACAUAACCUUGCAUUAGGAAAAUGAAUAAUUGCUUUAUUUAUAGUAUAUUUUCUAUAGAUGUGUAAAACCAUAUUUUGGCAGAUUGUUUUUUUACUUUCAUUGUUUCACUAGUUUACCUGUCCAUUUAGUCUUAAUAAUCAAUGGUAAAUGAACUUGGCUUGCUGUUCUCGGAGGCAGUUCGAAUCUUGGUCGGGCUCGAGCCCCAAGUCCAAGUAACAGAACAAAAAAAAAAUGCAGUGAAGGAGGAGAGAUGCCAGAAGAAUUGCGGCUGGGCGCAGAGGCUCACGUUUACCAUAUGAUUUUAAUGAUGAUUGACAGUUUAGGUUCCUUUUCAAACCUACGUUAAAAGCACAGCCGUUAAAAUAUGAUUAAUAGUUUAUUAUGAUCAUGGUGCCACGAUCGCUGGAUAAUUCUGAAGUUGUUUUAAAGAAGAAUAAAAUAAUUACUUUUCAGUCAUUUGCGAUGCCCAUGUCACACAGUUGAACGUCUCCGCGUAUUUACAUGAUUUGCGAGGUACAUUUGCAAAUUAUUCAUAAAGUUAUAACUCUGCAAUUCUUUGAUCGAUUGUGUUUUAGAAGUAUGCUCAAAACUCUAAUGACAGCAAUGUGAUCGCUGAUGCGCUGGUAGAGAGAGAGACCAAGAAAAAGAGAGAGCGCGACUCUGUACAACAGUGGAAAUGAUCGAUGUUAUUUGAAGUCGGCUCUUAAAGUACAAAAUACCCGAUUAAGCUAUUACGUGGCUAUUAUUAAAAAAAAAUCCGGGACGUUCUUGCGACCCGGUGGCAACUUGUCCACGACCCGGUUCUGGGUCGCGACCCGGUGGUUGGGGACCUCUGCUCUAGGGCACAAGGUGUUCUGUAUGUUUGUGUGUUAUAUACCCCCACAGGCCGAAGCAGGGUGUAGUAAUGGAGUCAGAUAAUGAGAUGAGAACCGCCUGUUAUGGGGAGGAGAGAUUUGAAGAAAGAACGACGUCACAUAUCAUAUAAAUAUUCAUGUAUUUCCAUAAGCUGGGGUUGGUUGCUUGCCACAUGGGGCCUUGAAACAACCCAGCGCUGUAAAACUUUUUCAUAUCUGAUCAAUAAAUAGCUUAUUUUUUAAGACCGUGUCUUUCCUCUAAUUAUGAACAUGCAAUGGACCCUUAAAGUCCAACACUCAUUAACAAAUUGAAUUGCCCUAAACUACAGCAAAUUAUUUCUACACACAUCUACACAUGCAAGCUGUGUCAUCGAUAUUAAGUAAUUAAAAUAGCAUUUUCAAUUGAUCUUAAAACAGGCAGUUGUUGAUUUUAUAAAACACAUUUAUUCAAAUUAAACAAUGAAAACUUUCAUUCAUUUAUCUUUAAAUAUAUUUUUUACAUGACAGUAUGCGAAAACAACAACAUAAACAUAACAUAUUUAAAAUAAUCAAAACCUUUCCGCGUCUGCUUUAUUAAUCUCCAUUCUAAAAUAAAACAUUUCAAAAAAUUACCAGGAAAUAAUCGUGAUAGGCUGCUCUUUCUUUAUAGCUUUAAUUAGGAUCUAGAAGAUAAAAUUACCCGAAAGUGUUAUCAUUGUUAAAUAAAUUACGGAUGUGCGUCUUUACGUCAAGGUCGUGAUUCUACAUAACAACAUCCGCUUGACCUCGCAACGCCAAGAAGAAGAAAGGCGUGGAACAUUUGCUUAAGCCUGUCAAGAUCUUCAGAUGAUGUUUGAGAAAAAAAGUCAUCAUCCUCUUCGUCACUCUUCAUCCGUAUUUGGGGUAACAAACAGCUGCUUCCCACAAGAGACUGGACCGCUGAAGUCAGGUGACCUGCACCUUCCUUGAACAUGUUGGUAACUUACUCUGUAUUUGUUCACGGUGGUCACCCCAGGGUCUCAGGACUCAAAACGAGUGAUCUAUGGAUUGAACAGAAAAUGUGGAUCAACACUCCAACCAUCUGCAUUAGGGACUGAAUAAAGGAUGCCCUCUGUAGCUGGGAAUGUUAGAUCAGGCGGAUCAACAUUCCAUCCAUCUGCAUUAGGAUCUACCUUAGAGACACUCACUGGAGCUGUAAAGGGAAGCAGGUCACUUACUUUUCAUUCGUCCUUGGUGGUCACCCCAGGGUCUCUAGAGUGAAAAUUACUCAAUCUAUGGAUUAAACAGAAAAUGUAGUUUUAUGAAGUGCAAUUUGGGACAUUCUUCCAGUUGUCGGCAACUUUGUGAAAAAGGCUGGAAACUAAAAUGCAGUGUAACUGAUUCUGCUUACCUGACUCAUGCAGAAUUCUGGCCUGGUGUUUGGUCCGUGCUGUCUUUGGCUCUUGCAUCUCCAUCAUCCUGACCUUCUUUAGCAGCCUGUCCAUGUAUUUAUUUGGAGGCCACCAUGAGCACCCAUCUGCAUAAUAUGACUUUGUUACUCAGUUGUCCAUGCUCCUACAAAUUCUACAUUUUUUUGUAAAGCUGCAACAAGUUGAAACCCUAUAAUUAUUAACAUUUAAUUUUGAAUUAUGUAAUUCAAAUACAUGAAUAAGUAACAAAAGCAGAAAUAUAUUAAGACAUUACCUUUUUGUUGAUUGUUUACUGAUCUAUAAAUCCUUUUGCAUUCUCAUAAUUGAUCAUCAUAACUUGGUAUACAGUGGAUGUGUGGCUGUAGAUAACUUUCUGAAGUCAAUUUAAAAAGGCAAAAGUUAAUAAAUGCUAAAUUGGUCAAAUAU